AUGAUGAGAAAAAACUAUACUUCACUGACUGAGUUCAUCCUUUUGGGGUUAGCAGACAAGCUGGAGCUACAGAUCAGCCUCUUUUUGCUCUUUUUUGUGAUUUACACGCUUACAGUUUUGGGGAAUGUUGGGAUGAUCCUCUUAAUCAGGAUUGACUCCCGACUUCACACACCCAUGUAUUUCUUCCUCGCUGGUCUGUCUUUUGUGGAUGUUUGUUAUUCAUCCACCAUCACCCCAAAGAUGCUGGUUGAUUUAUUAUCAGAGAAGAAAACCAUUUCCUUCACUGGCUGCUUCCUGCAGAUGUACUUCUUCAUCACCUUGGCCACAACUGAAUGCAUCCUCUUUGGGUUAAUGGCCUAUGACCGUUACGUGGCCAUAUGCAACCCUCUACUUUACUCCUCGAUCAUGUCCAGGACAGUCUGCCUUAAAAUGGCAGCAGGGGCUUUUACAGCAGGAUUGUUGAACUCCAUGGUUAACACGAGUUAUGUAAGCAGCUUGCCAUUCUGCAGUUCCAAUGUCAUUCACCACUUCUUCUGUGACAGCCCUCCACUUUUUAAGCUCUCAUGUUCUGACACACAGCUGAAUGAAAGUAUCUUUUCCACUUUUGCUGGUGUGAAUCUGAUUGGAGCUCUGCUAGUCAUCCUAUCCUCCUGCUCCUACAUUCUCUUCUCCAUCUUUCGUAUGCAUUCAGGGGAAGGGAGACACAAAGCAUUCUCCACGUGUGCCUCUCAUCUGACAGCUAUAAUGCUGUUCUAUUCCACCUCCAUCUACACUUAUCUGAGACCCAGUUCCAGCUACCUCCUGAACCAGGACAAAGUGGUUUCAGUGUUCUACACAGUAGUGAUCUCCAUGUUGAAUCCUAUGAUCUAUAGCCUCAGGAAUAAGGAAGUAAAGAAGGCUAUACAGAAUAUAAUUACCAAGAAAAGAAUUCCCUCAUUUCUGUGA